AUGGCUUCUUGCAUGCCUGAAAUAGGUCACGAGGAGAAGCAGUUGAAGCUCCGGGCGCUGAGGAAUCGCCAGGAUCUCGUCCAAGAGGAAGGGAUUCUGAAUUUGAUCUUGGAGGCCAUCGACAAAAUCAACGUAAUUCAAUCCCAAGGAUAUUUCGUUGCCUUGGCCGGAGAAGAGGCUGGACAGCACUGGGAGACCAUCUCUCAGUACCUCUAUCAGCUUCUCGCUGCCGUUAUCAAGGGGAACCACACAAAUUGCGCCCAAUUCGCCCAGUCCAAUCGCCUUGAUUGGCUUUUCUCUCGCCUGGGCUCCCAAGCCGCCAGCGAAGGAUCAGGGAUGCUGGAUGUCCUUCAUUGCAUCCUCAUUGACUCGCCAGAAGCACUCAACAUGAUGACAGAGGAGCACAUAAAGGUGAUAAUAUCUCUGUUGGAGAAGCACGGAAGAGACCCAAAAGUGCUGGAUGUCCUCUGUUCGCUUUGUGUCGGAAAUGGAGUGGCAGUUCGGUCUUCUCAAAACAACAUCUGUGACCACCUUCUGCCAGGAAAAAACCUCCUUCUUCAGACUCGACUAGUUGACUGUGUCUCAAGUGUACAGCCAAACAUUUACGUGGGGAAGGUGGAAGGGAGUGCCAUGUACCAAAAGUGGUACUUUGAGGUGACGGUCGAUCACCUGGAACAAGUUAGCCAUCACUUACCGGUUUUAAGGAUCGGUUGGGGCAGUAUUGCCGGAUUCAUUCCUUUUCCUGGCGGUGGGGAAGGCUGGGGUGGGAAUGGCAUCGGCGAUGACCUCUACUCUUAUGCCUUCGAUGGAGAGUCUCUCUGGACAGGCGGGCACGCGGUUCGAGUGCUGGAUAACUCGAGAAAGCCUCCCCUGCAAAAGGGCGACGUCAUUGGCUGUGCCAUUGACCUCACUCAACCUCAAAUCGUCUUCACUCUCAACGGACAAAGGGUUCCCGGAGGAUUCCAAGACUUCAACGACGAUGCCAUGUUUUUCCCCGUCGUCUCUUGUUCGGCCAAAGUCAGCUGUCGAUUUUUGUUGGGAGAUCACGAAGGGAGGCUGAGAUAUCACCCGCCGCCGUUCCACUGCCCACUGUCGCAAAGUCUCCUUCCAGGGCAGAAAUUAAUCGUGGAACCCUGCUUCCAAUUUGGGGACCAGGCCAAAGCUGUCUUCUGUGGGCCGGCUUUCAUUCAAGAAGAUGCCGCUUUCGUUCCUCAACCUGUUGACACUUCCAACGUGGUGCUGGGGAGUCACAUCGAGGCGAUUCGAGAGAAACUGGCCGAGAACAUCCACGAGAUGUGGGCAAUGAAUCGCAUCGAUGAUGGGUGGAUGUACGGAGAAUAUCGAGACGACGCGAUGAUGAUUCAUCCUUGUCUAACUUCAUUCGAUCGCCUGCCACCCGUGGAAAGGGAAUACGAUAUCAUGCUCGCCCACCAGACACUCAAGACGAUAGUGGCCUUGGGAUGGCACAUUGGAAGCGGGAAGCCUUCGUCUCGAAUCCGUACCCUUCAUCUUCCCAAAGACCCGUUUCUUCAGGGCAACGGAUACAAGCCUGCCCCUCUUGACCUGUCUGCUGCCACUUUGACCCCGAAAACCGAAGCCCUCGUCGACAAAUUGGCCGAGAACACUCACAAUGUCUGGGCUAAGGAGAGGAUACAACAAGGAUGGACCUACGGCGUCACCGAGGACCCAAUAGGUAAAAGGAGUCCUCAUCUCGUCCCUUAUGGAAGCUUAGAUGAAGAGAUCAAGAACGCGAACAGAAACACGUCGAGUGAGAUCGUCCGAACUAUAUUCGUCUAUGGUUAUUCCCUGGAACCGCCUGCCGGAGAUGCUCAAGAGACUAAUGUGUCAUCCGUGAGCAACUUCAAUUCAGACUCGAGGACCUACCGGGCCGAGAAGACAUUCGCCGUGACGUCUGGAAAAUGGUAUGCGUGGGCUGUAUUCCAAUCCAAUUUGAAUGUGAUCCCUGGAAUGGAUGGGAAAAUCCUUUUUGCCGUGGGAUGCGCAGAGGAUGAACAUUUGGAAUUUAUCUUGUCAUUUUUGAGGGAGAGGAGGAAAAAGAAAAAGGAAGAAACCAGACCGUAA